AUGGCACCUCUGAGCAGGGAUGUAGCCAGGAAGGAGGAAAAGUCUUUUGCUUUCGCCACAUACAACAACAAGAUCUCCAUGAAAUCGAAAGAUACCAGCAGGACGAUGGCGACCACAAAGUCACCUUUCGCUCUCGCUUCAGCGUGCCACAGCAACAAGCGCGCUGUGAAGGAUCCAAAGGUCGCUCAAUCUUUGAAGAACGUGAUCAAAGCGAUUGACACACCCAAUCAUUCCUCGAGUCGCGCAUGUAAAGGCUUGGUCGAAGCUGUCCGUCGGAUCUCGACUAAGGUCCGGCGCAACACAAGCACAGCGUAUCGCUACCUCAAAGCUGCCAUGAACAUAUGCAAGGGCAACGACCUCAGAAAGCGCAAACAUUACUCAGAGGAAGAUAAUGAGUCAUUGCCAUCGGCGGCGCGACGUGUCUGUUUGGGCCUCGAACAUCCUGGACGAACCGACAACAAGCUGAAGCAAGACACUGUCGUUGACGAGCAAGAUUCAAAUGGGUCUGAGAUGCCCUGGCAGGACGAGACAAGCGAGGAACAUCCUGAUUUCCUUGGUCUAGUUGAUGGGAGCAAUCAGGGGCACUCUCCGCCAACCGGCAGCGGAGAUCUCCAAUACCUAUGCGGUCACUGGGUUCACCCAGCUCAUACAGAAGUGGCGAUCGACAAGAAAUGCCCUAGAUGUUGUAUGCGAACAUGCCUCAAAGAUGUAGUGUGCGCAAAAAGGUGGCUAAUAGCCAAGGGCGAUCCUCGUGAGCUCAGCAAAGACAGGUGGGUGGAAUACAUGGAGAUCUUGAGUGGCAGACACUCAUCAACCAAAGGCGAGAACUUGAGCCUCACGCACUCGAAGGCGCGAGAGGCCAACUUGAUCGCAGAGAUGGAAGAGCUUUGCAAAGUAGAGAAGGCUUGGAUGGCGAGCCGAGAGGGUGAUGAGGGUGUUGGAUCGCUCUCGGAAUACGAGACCGAGCACUGCAACUAUGGUGCUCAUGAAGCCAUGCGCCUGCAUUAA